AUGGAUGUUGAUCUCGAGUUAGGAAUGAACAUAUCUUGCAAAGAGCUGCGAGUGCUUUUACUUCAGGAAUUCCGUUUGGGUCACAAAACAACGGAAGCAACAAGCAACAUAUGUAGCACGAUGAGCAAGGAUGCACUCUUCAUUCAUACAGCGCAAGAUUGGUUCAAUUGGUUCAAAAACGAUAACUUCGAACUCGACGAUUUACCUCGUGCCGGAAGACCACUUGAAGUGGAUAUGGAUGUUUUGAAGCAGCUUGCCGAAGAAGAUCCUAGAUUGACUACACGGUGUUUAGCAGAGCGACUUGGGUGCUCUCAUGCUACAGUGGAAACACAUCUGCGCGAAUUAGGCAAAACGUGGAAAUAUGGAGUUUGGAUACCACAUGAAUUAUCACCACUUCAGCUCCAACACAGAGUUGACGCUUGUAUGAAAUUAUUAACGUCUCAUCACAACUACCAAUGGCUCCACAAUCUUAUUACUGGCGAUGAAAAACUUGGCUCCUACAGACUACCACUUGUACCAUUCGCCGUCCAAUCAUCUAAACGAGAAAAAAUUCGACGACGAAAAGCACCUCAAAAUGGAUCUUGCCGACUUCUUCGGCCAAAAGUCCCAGGACUUCUACGAACGUGUGAACUUUUCGCUACCAGAGCGCUGGCGACAAGCCAUAGAUACUAA